GCGAGCAGGGGAAGGCAGCACUCGGCAGAACUUUUGUUUAUCAUUUAUGUUUUCUGAAUUGAAACCGAAAGAGAAACAAAAUAAAAGUGUCGAGUUGUGAAGCAGAUCUCAGUGAGAGAGAAUCGCACUUCGAAUUCAAAACUUGCUUUCGAAACCCUAAGUAGGAACAAGAAGGAGAAGAAGAUGUCGACUGAGAGACACGCUACCUCGCCUUCCGCUUCUCCCGAAGACAAUUCCAUGUUUAUUGAUAUACUGCAUGAAGCUCCUUUAUUCGGCCACAGGAAGUCCAGGAGCCUUUUCGGGAGCAUUUUCUACUUCUUGAUACUGGCGUCCUAUGCUGUUUUGGCUGCAGCAGCUCCAUGGAUAUUUAGUCCGAUACAGGGGUUGAUUCCCAUAUUGCUUUGCAGUUGCGAUGUUCUUCUUUUGAUAGUAACAGGCAUCUUUCAACAAUAUUUGGUUUACCAAGUCCAGAAAAUAAGGUUGCAGGGCUAUUAUAGUUUCAGCCAGAAAUUGAAGCACAUUGUUCGCCUACCUUUUGCCAUUACUGCUUAUGAUUGUUGCUUAGGAACUGCUGCUAUGCUGCUUGUCAUGGCUUGGAGGCCCCACAUCGGUAUUCUUUCUAUCUCUGCAUUACUGAGGAUUAUCAUGUUGAUUGAAGCAAUAUGUGCUGGAUCCUUUAUGAGUGCAUACAUAGGAUAUGUGCACCAGUACAAUUCACUGGAUUCUCAACCUGAUGUUUUGAAGUCAUUGUAUUCUCCACUCCAACCAUCAAGUUCUCUCGAAGGUUUAAGGUACAAUGAUGGCGGUCGGCUCUCUGACCAGCAAAUGGCUUUGUUGCAAUAUCAGCGUGAGAAUCUUCACUUUUUGAGUGAGGAGAUUCUUCAAUUGCAAGAGUGUUUAAGCAAGUAUGAGAGAUCUGGUGAUGGUAGCACACCUCAGGUUGAUCUUGCCCAUCUCUUAGCAGCUCGUGAUCAGGAAUUGCGCACAUUAUCUGCUGAGAUGAAUCAACUGCAGUCUGAGCUAAGGCUUGCACGGUCUUUGAUUGCUGAGAGGGAUUCUGAAGUCCAGCGUGUUCGCAAUACAAACAAUCAGUAUGUGGAAGAGAAUGAAAGGCUGAGAGCUAUUUUAGCUGAAUGGAGCACUCGAGCAGCAAAGCUUGAACGGGCAUUGGAAGUAGAGCGGAUGUCAAAUCUUGAUUUGCAAAAGAAGAUUUCAGCAUUGAAAAAUCAAUCGCAGGUAUCACCCGACCAAAGUUGACAGCGAGGUGCGUAGUUUCCAUGAUCAUAAAAUAUUUUAGCAUUUUUCACACCCCAGUUUCUACUCUUAAUUUCCCACUGUGGAAAGUAUUAGAACAUGGAGUGAAGAGUUGGUAUGUACGUAUCAGUUUGAGGUAUAAGGCUUUUUCAGAGGGUAUAAAAUUCACUGCAAUUGCAGCAAGAUCAUCCAGUUCUUUCAUUGUCUCGUACAUAUAUGCAUCUAUCAUUUUCCAUGGCACGUUUCUACA